AAUAACAUGGAUAGUUAUUGUAGAAGAUUUUGCCUACACCCAUCCAGGUCAGAAUUUCACAGGCUCAUAAUUGAGUGAUGUGUAAGUCCCUAACUGUCUUCCAGAUUAAACUCCCACAGAACUAAUCCCUAAUUAUCAAUAUUUUUUUCUUAAAUAAGAAAAUAAAAAAUAAAAAAAUAAACAAAUAAGAUUCGCAGCCACCACAAGCUGCAUGUGAUCACAUGAUCGUAUUUCGGACAGUUUCACCGAACUAGCACGAAUCCAGAGAAAUAGUCUAGAAAAUAAAGCUACCAAAGUGGCCCCCACGUCCAAACACGAAGCCCCCACCAUUGGAUCGCAAUCAGAAAAGAGAAGCACACGGUUUGCAAAGGUGUACGCGUAACACAGGAGGAACCCCUCUUUUAUUAAUUGCCGUUUAGGUAUUGCCGUUAAUCUAGAGAGAGAGAAGGCUGUGUUUGACCGGUAACCACCCGCGUGUAAAGUUCGAAGUCUUCGUCAGGCAGGAUUGUGCCAUUGUGGUCAAAUCUUCGAACCUUGGCCUGCAACUUCCUUUAUUUUCCCUAUUUCUGUCUACUUCUCCUUUUAAGGCUUUCCCUUGAUCUUCUCAGUUUUCCCAUACUUUCUCGCAGCCCAGAAAGUUGAGGGAAAUCAUGGGGUUCUCUAAAGAAGACAAGUCCAGAAGGGUUCUCAGAGGAUUCAAGACUCUGUUUUUUCUGAUCACCAUGGUGGUUUCAUUUCUUCUCUUCUCCGCCCCUGUUCUAGUGGUGAUCGCCGAUACUCUCCUCCCUUGUGCUCUCAUCUCCGCCUCUCUCUCCCCUUCGUCCCUUUCCCUCGAGACCCUCUACUCCAAUCUCAGCAACUACGAUUUCCGGUAUUCGAUCAUAGAUGUGCCCCUCACCUCCAUUGUCCGCUCAGCUGUGAUUCUAUGUGUGUACAGUUUCUGCGAUGGGCCUCGCCUGUCGAGAGGGCCGUACCUGGGGAUUACAACAAUGUGCAGUGUCUCAUCUCUGGUGUUCGUUUCGCUGAAAGCCUCGUAUGUUUUCAGUGGGUCGAGCACUGAUCAAGGUGCCAUUGAAGCGGCUCUGUUCAUAUGCUCGGUGGUGUUGGCCGUGGCCCAUAUAUUUGUGGCUUAUAGGAUCAGUUGUAGAGAAAGAAGAAAGCUUCUCGUUUACAAGAUUGAUAUCGAAGCUGUAUCAGCUUACAAAAAUGGGUUCCCUCGCUACCAAAAGAUUCUACAAGAAGAGAGAGUGAAGUGAUAAUCAGAAUGAACAAAACCAUUAAUUUAUAUUCUUUUAGCCUGACCCUCUUCGUCACCCAUCUGGCUCCGGUUUCAGGUAACUUUCAUGACACUGUGCUUUUGUUUCCUUGUGUUCCUGUUUGCAUCAUCACCCAUGUGCUUGCCAUGGAUCUUGAUGUCCUUUUAUUCAUUUUCUUGGGUUCUGCUUUUUAACCAUUUAUAAGAGGAAAAUAGUUAUAUAUAUAUAGAUUUUAAAACUGUGAGAGCACAUUAAACCCAAAAUGAAUGAUAUCUCUAUGAUAAAAGAGCAUGUCCUUACAAGUUUCUUUUGUGUAAAUGUCAUCUUUUCUCCUAACCUGAUCUGAGAUUUUAUUUGUUGGGCCAUAAUCUUAUUCAUUAUAAUAAACAAGUUGUGCCCGUUUUGGAUAAUUGAGAUAACCCACAUUGGUAAGGAAAACGAAGUUUUUAACAUUAUAUAUGUAGUGAACUUCUCCUUAUUGUAUACGUGCAUUUUAUGGUCGUAAAAACGUACCGAUUGAUACAUGUUAUGCAUUGUUUUGUUUUUUAUUACUCAAAUCGAGAAACUAACUCAUAUGGCUGUUUUUUUUUUUUUUUCACCUCAAUGUAGAUGGUUCAUUCCAAGGGAAAUCAGAAGCCUGGUGACGAGAGGAAUAGCUGCUAAGAAGCCAAUACAAAUUGUAAACUAGUGGUUGUGUCUCAUCAUAGAGGCUAUGAUUUUGGUUAUAUCUAUAGAAUGUACAUGAUUUUACGUAUAUAUGGAAAAAGGUAAAUGAGUCAAAAGAACAGCCAAAGAAUGGCCAAAGGCAUUCUUAUGAGCUUUUCCAGCUA